UGGCUGUGAAAUGUUGUGGGACGUCCUGAGAUGGUUAAAGGGCUGUGACGGAGCAACAACGGGGAGACGGGGACUCCUCGCUUCCUGCCUUCUGUUCUACGACAGUGGUACAGAGAGACACUGGAAGGCGCCCAGAAUGUAUUGAGUGUUAUUUUAAAUGGAUGGUUUUCCAGCGAGGAUGUCACCCUCUUCUGGCUGCGGGUUGUCUGAGGAAUAUUCCGCUUUGGCCCUCCCCCUGCAGCCGGUCGGCGCCGGGCCGGGCGGGCGUGGUGUAUCUGUGGGCGGGCCCGCGGCUGUGAUCCUCGGCAUCAUGCUAUGUUGCACUAGAGAGCAAGGAUCCUAUAGCAGAGCUCCGCAAUAGGAUCUUUGCUAGAGAGGCGGUGCUUUUGACAGCUUCCUAGUGCUGCAGUCGGGAUAACACCGGUUCGGGCACAUCUCCCAGCUCGGGUCUUGGACCAGUCUCUCCCAGGACAUCCCCCGGUUCCGACAGACCUUUCCCGGUUAGGGGCAGAUCUCUCCCGGGCCAUCUCGCUGUUUGGGACAGACGGCUCCGGGGACAGACAGACAGACCGCUCCCGGGUGAUCUCUCGGUUCGGAACCGACCUCUCCUGGGACACCUGCCCGGGUUUUAUUUGGUGGCCAACAUGGGCGAGGCUUCAUUGUCGGCUUGUGAGCAGUGGCGAGCGCAGGUCGGCAAAUGCAGGCCGGUUUGCCGGCGCCUCUUCGGCCAGGUGGACGGGCGGCAGGUGCGGGCCGUGUUCAGGGCCGAGCUCCGGAGCGGCCGGGAGGCGGCAUCCCGGCGGUGGGGCUUCGACUUCGAAGCGGAGCUGCCCUUGAAGGGGGAUCUCCAUUGGGAAGCCGUGCCGAGCCAGGACGUCCCGUUCUUCUACCGUCCUGUGCGGGGAUCCCAGCAGAGGCCGUUACUGGAGCCGCCGCCGGGGCCGGGGGAGGCAGCCGGGGAGAGGUCCCCAUCGCCUGAGCAGAAACCAAACUCACCGCUCAAUCGCAAGAGGAAGCAAGCUCUCAUCACAGAUUUCUACGCUCUGAAGAGGAGGCUUGGUCCCUUGGGUCUUGAGUCCAAACCUUGAGGCCAACAGGAAGUGGGGGCAGGGUGGAUUGUGACCUUCCAUCCCCUUCACACCCUUGGGCUUUGUAACAAGAUGGCUGCCCAGCAAGACAAUAUCUGUUUGCCUGUCCCUAUGCACAUGUCUGACGGAAUCCCUGACUCACAAACUGAAGCACUACGGCCGUUCCCCGACCUCCUGAUCCCAGGAACGGCAGACGUGGACCCUCGGAGCAAGACUCGGUUAUGGACAUGGGCUCGCUACGAGAGGCGAGCUGUUCCCAGGAGCCGCCAGGGUCUGUUCAGGGAUUAGCUGUUGCACUUGUACCCCUCCCAACCUGCUUUACCCUUCCCGGGUGUACAUAGGUGUACACACUGCACUUCCACACCGUGCAAAACUAGAGGCAUAAUGUGUGAAUGGAAAAUGCCUGGGUGGGAGAGAAUGAUGAAGGAGCGAAUGUGAGUGAGAGAGUGAGGGAAAGGGAUUUAGCAAAGAUGAAACGCAAGUGUAGAUCAAUGUUUGGGAAAUGCUAUAAUUCAGGAUCAUCCAUUUGAACGCUUUGAUGAGCUGAGAGAACCAGACAACUUUGUGGGUUGUACCUGAUUAACUCCAUUGCACUUUUUCAUGGAGGUGAUUGGGGACAUGUAUAGGGGGGAAUGUCCACGGACGAUAAUUCUGUCUAAUCCAUAGGCUACUGUUCCUCAUGAGAGGCUAUAUAUGCCAUGAGGAUGGUGAGAUUGAAGGCAAGUUAUUGAGCUCCGUCCGUGGAGAACAGGGAUAAAGAGCAGAUCGGGAAUCAUUGACGAAUGUUGUAAGCUGUGGGAUAAACAGCCACGCGUCCACAUCAACCAGUGAUCAAUGGUGCAGAUGCAUUCUCCAAAUUACAGAGAGAUAUCAAAACAGCGGGAGAAACUCAGCGGGUCAGGCAGCAUCUGGAGAAAAUAACGGGUGAUGUUUCAGGUUAUAUCCCUUCUUCUGACCCAGGGUGACACAGUGGCGCACUGGUAGAGCAGCUGCCUCAC